AUGCCGCCCCGUAAGCCGCCUCACAAACCAUCAUUCCGAUAUAGAAGCAGGCGCAGCAUCGCAUCGGCUCACAACAGCGGCGGUGGCACUAGUCUGGACACUUCUGGUUCCAGUACUUCGCGCAGAUCGUCUGUCCACUCUCCAUCAGCCGCGACAGUAGUCUUGAACAGGUCUCAUCGGCCAGCUCGUAGAGGAUCGUUCCUUGAAGAUGAGUCGACACAUGUCCCGUCUCAAAAUGGGCGCGAAGAUGAUGACACAUUGAACGAGGUCAUCAUGGCUGUGGACCUACUACCUCGAGGUGUUGUGGGCUGUAGUUACUACGUGGCGAGGGACGAGAAGAUGUUCUUCAUGGAAGACAUUCCGUUCGGCAAUGUGGACAUCAUUGACACUCUCCGGUUAUCAAUCGAGCCGACUGUCAUCUUAGUCUCCACAAAGAUUGAUGAUUCAGUGAUCAACAGGUUUGACCCAGAGGGCAGGAACGAUGAUUCCGCAAGCGUCGAUAAUGAUCAAUUUCGUCUACCGUUCCUACUGGAAGUACGGCCUCCAAGCGAAUUCUACUAUGAUGCUGCGAAGAGUAAACUUCAGAGUUUGCAAUUGGAGGGAACCGAAGUUUCUCAGAUCAGCUUCAAUGUGUCUAGCGAACUGCCUGCUGCCCAUCAGUUCAACGAUGGUGAUACAUUCGGUCAACAAGGACAGCUACUACGACUAGCCGGAUUGAUCGACUUGGAAAGUCGCGUGACGGUUGGUUGUGCUGGCGCUUUGAUAUCCUAUCUACAACGUCGACGUGCGGCAGCAUAUCUGCCUGGCGAUCACAGUGCAUAUCUUAUGUUCCGAGUCACGACACUUGGAAUGUUCAGUCUUCGAGAUACCAUGUUCAUUAAUGCCGAUACCCUCCAUUCUCUGCAGAUACUCGAUGCGGAAUCACAUCCACACUCCCACAACCGAGGGCCAACCAAGAGCAGCUCGGGUGCAAAAGAGGGGCUCUCCGUUUAUGGGCUGUUCCAUCGCUUAGCAAGAACUUCACAAGGGCGAACACUUCUCCGUCAAUACUUUCUUCGACCUAGUUUGAAUAUUGACAUGAUCAACGAGCGAUUGCACACUGUGGGUGUGUUGGUUCGCCCAGAAAACGAAUCUGCGCUGCAGGAUUUGGGGCAAAACUUGAAAAACAUCGGGAACAUGCGCAUCGUCCUGAUGAAUCUCAAAAAAGGUGUGAGCGGAUCGACACAAAGCAGAUCAGGUCUCUCGCGAACUGUCUGGGUGGCUAUCAGAACGUUUUCAUUCUUCGCACUCAAGAUCAAGGAUGCCUUACAAGAUGUCCUGGGAGAAGACCAUUUGCCAAUUAGGGAUAAGGUCUUUGAAAAUUUCGAAAGCUAUCAUCUUGCCCAGAUUGGAAGAAAACUCAGCGAGACUAUAGAUCUUGACAGGUCAGCCGAAGAAUCGCGGACCGUAAUUUUGACCGGUGUAGAUGAGGAGCUUGACCAGAUGAAGAGAACACUUGAUGGCCUAGGUUCUCUGCUUAAUGAAGUUGCAGCAAAGCUUUCGGAGAUGAUGCCCUCGGAUCUACGAGCAGCUUUAAAUGUUAUCUACUUCCCACAGAUUGGAUUUUUAGUCACUGUGCCAAUCGAUCCCACCACGGGUUCUGAAGUCUACGAUGGCGGCUUUGAGAGCCAAUGGGAAAGAAUGUUUGCUACUGAAGAUCAAGUCUACUUCAAGAGUUCCGAGACAAGAGAGAUGGACGAUCAUUUCGGCGACGUUUACGGUAUUAUUUCAGACCGCGAGAUUGAGAUCAGCCACGAGCUAGCCCAACACGUGCUCCAGUACGAAGAGCUUAUCACGACAUGCUCAGAUAUUUGCGGCGAGCUUGACAGUCUAGUAGCAUUGGCUCAGGGCGCAAAGCAAUACAGAUUGUGUCGUCCGCGAGUAACACACGACAAUGUUUUACAAAUUAAGGGCGGGCGAGAAAGCCACAUACUUCAAGAGCUCACAGUCUCAUCUUUUGUACCCAAUGACACGUUGCUAGUAGGCGGUAUUGGUCGUGACGCACGGUCUGGCCAUGAUACUGAUAUUCCACGACUUACCGGUUCGACACACGAACUUCCGAGCAUGCUUGUCUUGACGGGUCCCAAUUACUCUGGGAAAAGCGUAUACCUGAAGCAGGUUGCGUUGAUAGUAUUUAUGGCGCAUGUUGGCUGUUUCGUCCCCGCGGAUAGCGCAGAUAUUGGGCUGACAGAUAAGAUACUCUCUAGAGUCACCACUAGAGAGACCGUAUCCCGUGCCCAAAGCGCUUUCAUGAUAGACCUGCAACAAAUUUCGCUCGCCUUGAGUCUGGCCACGCGGAGGAGUCUGCUUAUCAUUGACGAAUUCGGUAAAGGUACAGAGUCCAGCGACGGAGCAGGACUGGCAUGCGCAGUGAUGGAACACCUGCUCAGUUUGGGACCAGAGCGACCAAAGGUCAUCGGUGCUACUCACUUUCAUGAAAUUUUCGAGCUGGGCCACCUUGAUCCACGACCGUCACUUGCAUUUGGGCACAUGGAAGUUCGCAUUGAUACAGAUGCUUCAGAGGUGAACGACCAGAUAACGUACCUGUACAAGAAUGGUCGCAGUACUUCAAGCUUUGGGACUUGCUGUGCAGACAUCAAUGGUGUUCCUCCUGAAAUAAUCCAGCGUGCAGAGAAUUUGAUUCUCUUGUCUAUGAGGGGCGAAGACCUGGUCGCUGCAUGUUGCCAGAUGCCCGCAGACGAAGUUGCGGAGCUAGAAGAAGCGGAGCAAAUAGCGCGAGAAUUUCUCGAGGCCGACGUAUACAAAAAUCCAAAUGCGACGCUAGCAGGCAUAUUCACGACCUCGACUACUUCCGACUCCUGA